AUUUCUAGUUAUUCUGUUUCAGAUAACGUUGAUAUGUCUAUUACGUAGUGUAGUGUAUUCGAUAUGGCAGAAGAAUUGAGUGUGGUACAGUUUGCCUUGAUUGAACAAAUUGCACAUCAAAACGGUUUCGAUGUUUUCGAUUUGGAAAUCAGUUCAGGCUCGGAGAAGGGUGAUAAUUAUCUCGGGAUAAUAACUAGAGUUACAGUCAAGGAUGAAGAGCGUAAAAUUGAGUUGAUCCUCAAAUCUGCAUCCACGAACGAUGCGUUCAGAAGAUCAGCUCCUGUGCACAAACUGUUCUGCAGGGAAAUUCACAUAUACGACAAGAUAUUUCCAGCCUUCCAGAUGUUCCAAAAGGAGUUCAAUAUUCCAGAUCCGUUUUCAGGACACGCCAAAUUAUACGGGAAGAGCCAGAAAAAUGGUAACGAGUGUUUGAUAAUGGAAAACUUGAUAGAAAGUGGCUACAGCAUGUGGAAUAGAAAACAACCGAUGGACUCUGCACACAUUUUGGCUGUGUUAUGUGAGUACGCUAAAUUCCACGCUACAUCGCUGGCAUACAGGCACAAAAGGCCUGAAGCAUUUGCUGAACUCACAAAGGAUAUCCAACACCACGUGCUCAAAGAAGAAAUGGAAAAUAGGAAGAAAAUGGAGUCCUACUCGAAUGCUGCAGUUGCCAACGGAUUGAAGGCCGUUUCUGACGAUCCUGCUGCUGUUGAAGUUCUUGAGAGAUUGCAAGCUGAACUACCAGAUUAUUUGAUGGCUGUUCUGAGGAACCCAGAAUUGAACAUCUUGGUAAAUCAUGGAGACAACUGGUGCAACAAUAUCAUGUUUAAAUAUGAGGACCCGAAAAACAUUUUGAAGCCUUCAAAAGUAGCCCUAUUAGAUUGGCAAAUAUCGAAAAUGGGAUCACCUGGUGCUGAUCUGUCUUACUUCUUCCUAUCUCACAGCCCGAAAGAAAUUCUAUACAAUUACAAAAACUACCUCAAUCUUUACUAUGACUGUGUCAGUAAGAAUUUGAAGGAUUUUUCGUGUGAUCCAGAGAAAGUAUUUCCCAGGAGUCUCUUAGAGCGUCAUUGGAGAAUUUUUGUCAAGUUCGGUUUCUAUAUAUCUUUGAUAAUAGUGAAUAUCAUGUGCUGUGAUAAAGAAGAAGCUCCUGAUCUAGACGAGAUUGAUGCUAAAAGUGACUUCAUAGAGGCACUUGCUACUGAAAUGACGAAUAGUAGUGAAUAUAACCGAAGGAUAAAAGAUUUAUUACAGUUUCUGAUUGAUGAAAAGUUAUUGGACGCAGAAGAAGUAUCGAACAACAAUGAGAUUAUUGAAUAAAAUGUUUUCAACAAAAA